GUGGGGAGCUGGGCUGUGAGAGACAAAGGCACUGUGCCUCAAGGUGCCCAAGCUGCCCGCCACCCCAGACGGUGGAGCCGCACUACACCCCAGUCUCGGUGAGGGCUACUCUGGCCUCCAGACGGUGGAGGAGCCACACCACGUCCUGGCCUCGCUUCCCAGCCCCUGGGGGGCCAGUCUUUAGUAGAUGGCCAGGAGGCACCACCUGGACAGGAGCCAUUCCUGGGCAGGACGUGGCUGUAGGGUGCCUCACACUGCUCCUCUGGCUGUGGGUGUUGUGCACAACCUGCAACAGGAAGCAGGCACGGAGGCAGCCAUCCAGGCUGCAGGGCAGUGCGAUGCCAGCAGAAGUGGUGAGUGCCAGAGUGUCCCUGGGGCCAGACUGUUGCUGGGGCCAGGGUGGGGCCAUCUGGAGGCCGACCAGCCUUCCUUGCCCCCAGUCACUGCUAAGACGACCCCACUGCUCCCUCAGCAAGUCGGACACCAGGCUGCAUGAACUGCACCGCAGCCGGCCCUGUAGCAGAGCCCCACGGCCUGCCAGCAUGUAUCUCCUACGUCCACAGUGGCUGGAGGCAUCCAGAGGCAUGACCAGGCCCCCAACACCCUUCUCACACCAGGAGCUGCCCCUGGCUGCACCCUCCACUGGCCCAGAGGCCACCUAUUCCAACGUGGGGCUGGCAACAAUCCCCAGGGCCAGGCUGGCAGUUAGCUCUGGGGUGUGGGCAGGGGCACGGCUGACCAGCAGCUAUGCGAGGCCUGGGCCUGAGGCCAGACCUGUGGUAGCUGAGUAUGCUUGUGUCCAGAAGUUCAGGGGAACAGAUCGGGGCCCCCAAGGCCUGGGGCAGGGGAAGGUCGAGGCAACCCCACCCACUCAGGUGGACAUCCUGUAUUCCAGGGUCAACAAACCUAAAAGGAGGGACCCAGGACCUGCCACAGACCAGCCAGACCCCAAAGGUGGGGGAGCAAUUUUGGCUCUGGGGAGUGACCCAGCCUACGAGGUCCUCCCUCUUGGGGGCCUGGGUAUGGACAAGAGCCUCCUGGAAAACGUGUAUGAGAGCAUUCAGGAGAUGGGAGCACCUCUGGAGCCCCCGAGCUCCAGCUCCUAUCAGGAAAGGACGUGUGCAGGGCACAGAGACACUUUGCUUCCUGUCUAAGCCUGGGGAGGGGUCUUCAUCGCUUCCCUGCCCUGAACACCCAAUUACAGAUGAUCCUUCCUCCAGAGUGGGCUGCGAACCCUUCUUUCCCCCACAGCCUCUCCCUCACACGCAACUGACAACACAAAUUCCAGACAGCAGCGCUGCCAGCAUGUGGGGUCCCCUGGAUCCUGGCUGCCAUGUCCUCUGCAGGGCAGGCUCUCAAUAAAGCCCCAGAUCCCUAUA